AAUCGGGAAACCCCCUGAUCCUUCCUUCCCGUCGCCGGAGAAGACACCGGGCAGAGUAUCGCCGCACCGCGCCAUCGAUUUUCACCGGACAGCUAACGGUCCAGCUACUUUCCAUUUUGCAGAUGUGAGAACAUUUGUGAUCACUGCAAAACACCGUGUAGAGAACUGACCACACCAAUGUGCAAACAUUUGCACAGUUCAAUUACUUCAUGAGGUUUUGAUUUAUGCUUGACUGCUUGUGUCUUGGGAACUAAACGGACAGAUCUAUAGAGGGAAGCAAAAGUGGAAGCAUGGUUGGACAAGAUCAUGUACACAAUCCAAAGAUGAAGCCACCAAUUGUUUUAACUGGAACUGCAAAGGAAGGUAGCACUGGUCCACCCAUUGGUCUUAUUGACAUCGGCAUUAGUCAAAGUGCCUACCUCUUCCGAGUUGCAUUGCCUGGUAUCAGGAAUAAUCAAAGUAAUCUGAAAUGUGAGAUCCAACGUGAUGGAAGGGUUCACAUAGAAGGCGUGGUACCAAAUGUACAAGGACUACUGAAAAGCUCAUCUACAAUAUACCAGAUGAAAUUUCAGCAAAGAAAUCCUCCUGGGCCAUUCACCAUUUCUUUUAAUCUGCCUGGACCUGUCGAUCCCCGGCUGUUCUCUCCCAAUUUUCGGUCUGAUGGAAUCCUAGAAGUGGUAGUCAUGAGACCCAAGACCCAGGACACCAACAAUUCCAGUCGAUAGCAUGGCUCCACCUCCCCAAUUUUCAAAGGGAAGCUCCUGUUGAGUACAUCCCAACUCCUUUGACCCUUGAGGGAAAAUGCAGCAGUUGCGGGAAGGUAAAAAUUGGAAACAUUGAGAUAUCACUGAGGUAUGCAACUAGAAAAAGACUUUAAUGAUGACUUGUGGACUUUGGUUAGAAACUUGCCUGGCACUCAAAAGAAACGGCCGGUCUGCAACUGGAAAAGAAAAAUAAAAAAUAAAAAAAUCUGAGGUUAGUCCAUUCAUUUUAUUUACUUUUUCUAUAGAUUAUCAAAGUUUGUUGGUUGGCUUUUUUGAUGUCGAAACUUGCCUGGCAAUUAAAAGAAACGGCCAGUCUGCAACUGGAAAAGAAAAAAUAAAAAAAAUAAAAAAAAAAUCUGAGGUUAGUCCAUUCAUUUUAUUUACUUUUUCCAUAGAUUAUCAAAGUUUGUUGGUUGGCUUUUAUGAUGACGAUAUCAUGAUCGCAACUGUGGAACAGCAAUUAACAAUCGUGCAUUUU